AUGUUCUAAACCCGCCCUCAUUUACCAUCUUAUGCCACAUCCUAAUCUGCUUAUAGGACGUAAUGUAACUAUAUUCAAAUAUGAAUCAGUUCAUAAUAAAGCAGGAAGUGAAACAAGGAAAGCAAUUGAUCACUAUUCCUAUGCCAUUAAUGAGGAAAUAGGAAGGGGAUUCAGCAGCAGAGUCUACAAGGGGAGAGAUGAGAACACGGCAGAAAAUGUGGCUGUUAAAGUAACAUAAUUACUUAAAGUUCAGGUGAUUGAUAUGAAGAUGGUGAAGCAAUCAAUCCACUCCCAGCUCUUAAAAAAUGAGAUCAGCGCACUCAAAGCCUUCAAUCACAAGAAUAUUAUGAAACUCCAUGAUGUAUUUCAAACCCAAAAUAACACAUAUAUCAUCACAGAAUUUUGUGACUCGGUAUUCACUCAUAUAUAAUUCAGGGUGAUCUCAACAAUUACAUCAAGAAGAAAGGAAGAAUAGACGAAUCUGAAGCUAUAAGAAUAUUGUAAGCAGUAGUUAGCGCAUUAAAUGAAAUGAACAAAAAAGGUUAUAUCCAUAGAGACAUUAAACCAGCUAACAUUUUACUCAAUGACAACCAACCAAAACUGGCUGAUUUUGGCUUUGCAGUCCCCGCAUAUGAAGCUAGAAUCUAAGGCAGAAACUUUAACGUAGGAACUCCUUUGUACAUGUCUCCUUAAGCUCUAAGAUAGUAAGGACACACUGAAAAAGGAGAUGUUUGGGCCAUCGGAAUUGUAUUUUUUGAAAUGCUAUAUGGUAAUGUUUUAUUUAUAUUGAGAUAGGUAGAACACCUUACAAUGCAUCAUCUGAAGCGGCUCUCAUUUCUAACAUCUAACAUUAAUAAUUAGUUCUACCUUCAUCACCCAUAGUCUCAGAUGAAUCAAAGGAUUUCAUCCGUAAAUGUUUACAGAUAGAUGAAUUUAAAAGAUGGCGAGUUAAGGACAUGACAGAACACACUAUUAUGCAAUCAAGAAAUCUAAGUCCCAUUGAAAAAAGAAAACCCUUAAAACAAAUUCAAAAUAUCACUCUGCCUACUGAAAACUCAUAAGUGAAGAAAAUUAAAAGAAGUCAAAGUUAGAACAUUAGGGAGAAUACAGUUAGGGAUUUCAAACCUCAGUAGAUAGAGGAAAAGCGAAAAUUGCAUGAAGAAAAUCAAAAGAAGCUUGAAGAAUAAAUAUUGCGAUCAGCUAGUUAAAACUAAUUAUUGUUACCUUAAAAAAUAGUUAAUACCAAUGCUUUUGAAGAAUAAGUACAACCCACUCCCCCCUUAUAAAAAUAGAAAUCAAUUACUCUUGAUUUCAAAUAAAACAACGAGAUUUUAUUCUGUUAAAUUAAUUUCUGUCGUUUCCUGUAUAAAUUUUCAUAGCACUUGGCCAGCACAAAAGUAUUUCCGACAGAUAUUAGAGAUAGAUUACUAUUUCUAAUGGGCAAAAACAUAGCCAUUAAAAUAAAUAAGCUAUCCACAAUCUUAGAUAAAGAAAAUAAAUCAGAAAACAUUUUUAAUUUAACUGAAUUUGAGAACUAUAGAAAAAGUGAAUCAUAUAAAAGAUUCUGUUAAGCAAUUUCAGAAUAUCAGGACAAAUAUUUGAGACAUUUUGAAAAAAUCUUAAAACUCGCCAAUAAAAAUAGUAAACAAUUCAGUAAUAUUUCAUUAGAUUUCCAAAAAGAUUCUAUUAUUGGAGUGUUGUGUAAUAAUAACUUAGUUGAAUUAGAUUCGUUCUACAAAACAACUUAAUAGUAUUUAAGAUUGAGUAUAACAGAAAUUAAAUAGAACUUCUAAUUUAUUAAAUUUGACAAACAAGAGCAGACUUUGCCAGAAGAUGUAAUUUUUAAACUUAUCAUUAGUUAUAAAUGCAUGCAUUCAUCUUGUAAGGAUUAGUAGGUUAUCAGGAUUUAAUUCAAAAGGUUUUAGAUUACCCUACAGAUUACAAAUAGUUUUAAAAGGCUUCUCAACCUGAACUUUUUAUAGAAAGAAAACCAGGAUCUAUUAGUUACAAUUAAUUAGAACAAUUGAUGUGA